AUGAGAAAGAAAGAACUACUAUAUGGAGAGAGAGAGAGAGAGAUUUUUGACACCCCGCCGGCCAACUUGGAGCCAGCGGCCGAGGCGGUGGAGGUGGGCAGGCUGAUCCUCAAGGCGGCGGAGUGGUCGCCGCAGUCUCACGAGCUCUUCCCGGAGGCGGCUCGCAAGCGGGCGGUCGAGGUGAUGCGGCUGGGCUACCUGAUCGCGUGGGACGAGGAGCGCUUUGAGGGCCGCGAGGGAGCGGCUCCGGAGCUGGCGGACAUCUGGCGCGGCUUUGUGCUGCCAAGGGUGGUUGGUGGUGCGCUGAGGCGCCGAGAGUCGCUUAGGCGGCUCCCGUGGGACAGCUCAAAAAAGAAUUUCGUGAUUUUGCGUCGUGAGUGCGCGCGUGUGCAAAAAUGGGCAAAAACGGGGUGCUUUUGGUCAUCCGUCAAAAUAUCUGAAGAUCUGACCGGGGGAUUCUCCCCAAACCUUGCUCAGCUGAUCCAGCACGGGUCGUAG